GCCACCUGCAGACUUGAUUCAUCGUGGGUUGUGUACAUGUGCGGCAUACAUGCUGAGUGAAUAGAUUGUGGUACAUACACGGUAUAGUCAGGAUCAGAUCUCCACCGUGCUACUACAUGGACAACCCUUCCGAUCUCUCUACUCCUCAUACGAUCUCUAUUCCCGGAGGUCCUACCCUCGAAACUGAAUGGGACGAGAGAAAGCGGAGACAUAUGGUCUCCUGCGAUCUAUGCGGUAAAAGGAUUGCGUUGACGGAACAUGGCCAUAACCAUUCCCUAUUCGAGCAUCGUGGGUCUGCUACCUGUGAUGACCUGCAGCGAAAGGCCCUACGGAAACAAGAACGAGCUGCGGCUGCAGCUACCCAUGCAGCAGUCUUCGGUACACAGUCUACCGUCACUCAGGCCCAGCCUGGCCCGAGCUGUCUGAACAUCGAUCCUUCGCUUGGCAUGCCAACUCAGGUGCAUCCAGUCGAACCAGUCACACCACCCAUGUCACUGGCAUCGCUACCACUUUACACAGUACCUCCCACUCCCCAGCCAUCUCGAUCCGAGUCCCGCGUUGCAAGUGUCGAGCCAAUAUCAUUCGAGUUGUUCAGCCGUGAUCCGGGCUCAGUCAGUCCUGAGGCCGACUCGAUAGCUGGCGAACUAACCACGUCAUUUGCGGACCUGCGGGCCUCAUCGCCAAGUCCUGCUGCAGCCGCGGAAGCGACUAGUACACUGGCUCCAAUUGAAACUGAAUCGGCACUCCGCGCUACGUCCUCACGCUCCGAGUCUGCAGAUCUGGAACAGAGAGGGCCCACUCCCGCUGAGGGAGAGGGAUGCAGAGGCAUCCUUGUCGAGUGGAGGGCAGGAUGCAUACCAUCAACAUACCUGGCCAUCUGAUUCAUCCGCUUGGUCCAACUAUCAUCGCCCUACGUGGAUUGCGAAGACGUGGUCGAUUCCAGGAACACAGCUCGAAGAUAUCCUGACGUUCGCUUGGGAGUCACUCUCCCCCGGCACGGAAGACAUUAUUGCAAAUAUCGAGCACGUACCGUCAGUGUCCACACAAAGUUUGCCGUAUCAGGACGCAAUAGGUGAGUUGCUGGGUAGGAAUCAUCACGGCGGACUACUGGGACGUACUGACGUGCUCCUAGGAAAUGACGCGUUCACCGUCCUUGAUGUGCCAACUUGGCUCACAAUUGAGAAGAAGACCGGCUCGGAUGUCGUCCCUUGU